AUGGGGACUCAGGGGCCGGGCAGGAAGAGGAUCCCGAACAGGGAGAAGCUGACCGCGGAGGAUGAUGCUUUGAACCAGAUCGCUCGAGAGGUGAGAUGGUUAAUCGAGUAUAACAUGGUGUUAAUAAUGUGAUUAUGGACUGAUCGGUGAUCAGCUGUUAGUGUCGGUCUGCAGGUUUGACUCUUUCUCAUAAUGCUGCAGCCUGCUGCUGGUGGACAGGACGAGUGGGGGUCAGAUACACAAUCUACAACCAUAACCGUGUGCUGCUAAAACCAUUAAAAAUAAAAUAUACUAUAAAAUAUUUAAGUAAAACAAGCAUAAGAGGGAGUUGAUGGAUACAUGCGCAGCUAAGUUUUUGUUUAAAAGUGACUAUUACUCACAAAAGUCUCAUAUAUCAUAUAGUAAGAUAACAGCAUCAUGUUUAUAGUUUAUAAUUACAUAGCUCUAGUUAACAUUACUGAAUUAUUUUCAUUAUAACAUCACAUUAUACAGUAACAUUACUGCAUCAUAUCUAUUAUUUUUGAUUAUAACAUGAACUGAACUUUGUUUAUAUAUUAUCUAUUACAAACAUGUAACCCUGGGUGCUUAAGGGAUAUUCUGGCGUAAAAUUAAUUUAGGGUCAAACACACCGGAACACUGAAUUAGAUACCCCCUCGAGAGAUGAAUCUUGCCGACUGCUUGCUUCUCUAGUUAUACCAACUUUAGUAACGACCACAGAUAGCAAUAUACAAUGGUGUGAGGAGCCAUAAACAAACCUCAACCAAAACGCCACUCUAUAGCCACAAAUAAUGCUCAGAACAGCACCUAACUUCAUCAACAGUACAUAUAGGGUCCGAGCCAUAGUACUAGCCACCAAACAUAUUUUAACUUUGCCUAAUUUCUUUAGCAAAGAGACAAAACACAACUCACCUACUCUCUUCCAGCAGUCGCUUGUUUGUAGUGAGAAGCGGUCGGCAACAUAAAUCUCUCGAGGGGCCGUCUCACCAGGUGUUACAUUGUGUUUGACCAGAAUAUCCUUUUAACAGGUGUACAGAAAUAAGUUUAAAAGACAAAAUCUGUAGUAAAAGGCUCAUAGAAAAAGUAAAAUUAAAUACUUAAUUCAUGAUAUAUGACAAAAAUAAAAUCAAUAAAACCUGAAAAAUAUUUAAAUAAUAGGUACAAUAGCUUUUAACAAAAAGGUUUUAAAAUGACCGAUUAAUGGUGUUUCUCUGCCUUAUUGUGUCACUUUUUUGUGGCAUUUUGUCCCUCUUUGCACCCCAUAAGAACAACCAGGUGUGAACAGCUGCAAGGUGAUGUCAGCAGGUCAUCGUUAAAUCAACAUAAAAAUCGUCAGAUCAAUAAUGUCAUGAUUCAACGCCACAACAAAGAGCCUUUAUGUCCUGUUAGUGUGUGUGUGUGUGUGUGUGUGUGUGUGUGUCCUACAUUCUGCUCUGGAAUGUGAGGCUGAUGAAUGAACCUCACUCAGGGGAAAACUUCUCCUGUUUGUUGUUGUGUUGUCGCAUGGUUGCAUUUGUACAGUAAUUUUAAAGAUAGGUACUUGUGUUGUUUAGUUGUUGUGUUGUGUAGUUUUUACGCAGUCUUCUCAUUAUUGUCAAGGUUUUGUGUCACAGUUCUGGUCCUGAGUACUUCUCUAAUUAUUGUGGUUGUAUAGUUUUUAUAAAAUUAUUUUACUGUAAAGUUGUUGUCAAGCUGUUAAGUUGUUUUGUAGUGUGUCGCUGCUGUGCUGUUGUUUAGAAAGUUGUGUCUUUGCUCUUCAGUUGUAGUUGUUGCGCAUUAGAGGCUGGUGUGAAGUUGUUGUUUAGGCUUGAUUUUGUUGAAUUUUGUGUGUAGUGUUAGGGUUUCAUGUGCAGUUGUGUUGUUGGGUUGUGUGUUAAUAUUAAUAAAAUUAAAAUGUGCUCGAUGUUUGUUGUUGGUUGAAGCUUCAUCCUGCCGAUCUCAAACCUGCCAGGUCACAUGACUCUCAUAUCUGAGCAGGUAACCGCAGACCCACCUGACUGCAUUCACCUGUGUGUGUGUGUGUCUGUGUGUGUGUGUGUGUGUGUCUUGGGUCUUUUUUUGCUGAUUGUUAUCCUGAUAAGACCAAGAGUUACUGUGUGCAUGCCUGAAAAAAGGGGCAGAAUCAGCCAAAAGAAACUACAGCUAACUACAAGUGACUCAGUUUAACUAAAUAUAUAAUAACAGAGGACUGAACAGAUUAAAAGAUACAAUUAUAAGACACUUCAAAUCAGUUGGUAUGCCUACAUAUGAUGUUGGUAUCUCCCAAUCAUCUCUUAGUCGCCUUUAACUUGUCCAAAAUGCUGCUGCCCGUCUUUUAACCAACACUAACAGACGUGAGCACAUCACUCCUGUCCUUAGCUCCCUUCGUUGACUUCCCAUCUCUUUUAGGAUUGAUUUUAAACUUUUAAUGUUUGUUUUUAAAGCUCUUGAAUGCCUUGCCCCUGUCCAGCACAAGCUUUUAACUGUUCGGGAGCCGGGUAGAGCCCUGAGGUCGUCAAAUCAACUUCGGCUGGAGUUGCCCAGGUCAAAACACAAACACUGGGGUGACCGAGCCUUUUCAGUCGCUGAUCCCAGGCUCUGGAAAAAGCUCCCCACAGAAAUGAGACUUAUUUCUGACCAGGGCCUUUUCAAAUCCUGAUUAAAAAAGUACUUAUUUAUGCUGGCUUUUAAUACCCAGUUGCGUGGUGACACUUUAUUUUAUUGCAUUGCAUUUCAUUCUUUUUUAUUGCUUUUAUUGUUUUUAUUUAUUAAUUUUUAUUUUCUAUGUUUUGUAAAGCACUUUGGCUCACCGAAAGGGUUGUUGUAAAGGGCUGUGAGAAUAAAAAACAUUUACAUCUUUACCACAGAUGACCUCAGGUUUCCUUGUGAGUGUAGGAUGAUGUUUUACUGGUUUGUUGUUGUUGUGUGAGCGUAUAUUGGCAGUAAAUUGUCUGCCAUCACCAUGGUAACAUCACAGCAGUGACCUACUGAGAGCUGGCAGUCUGUCACUGUGUGUGUGUGACCCCUAUUCUGUAAUCCUUUGCUGCAGCGCUAACACUAAUCUCAACUCAUGACGGUGCCCCAACAUACACACACUCACACAGAUCUGUGCGACAUCUGGUUAGGACACUGUCUUAACUUCCUGUUUACUUCCUGGUUCAGCUGUUUAAAAAAUGUUUAGAGUGAACUCAGGGCUGAUCUCUCUCUACUCGGAGACCGGUUUACCUGCAUACUGCACUCAGGUGUGUUGUUGUCACGGUGAUGGAGGGUGUGUCUCCUGCAGGGAGGACAGGUGGAUGAGCCACAUUCCCACAGCUGGACAAACUGAUGAGAUGCAAUGAAAUAAACUCAGUGAUGCAGGUGAAGAUGAUGUUUAUAUAAAUUCACUGUGUUUACCUCCAUCCUGUCUCCACUCAGGCUGAGGCCAGGCUGGCGGCGAAGCGGACGGCAAGGGCGGAGGCGAGAGACAUCAGAAUGAAGGAGCUGGAGAGACAGCAGAAAGAGGUUGGGAGGCUUUUAUUUUGAAAUCACUGCAAGGCACACCCACAUAAACACACAUGAACAUCAUGUCAGUUUGGGGUUUGCCGUGCUCUAAGAAACAACACAAUGCUAAUGCUAGCUAAGUAGGUUGCUUUGAUUUAUUUUGACCCGAGUAAAGUUUGUGUCAGUUUUGGUGCCCCCUGUGGACGAAGUAGUCUUUGCUUAUCUUGGAAUUUUCAUGCUUAAAUAGUGACUGGCCAAAAAAUCUCCCUGCUGAUUUUUGACAGUCAAUUAUCUAAUUUAUUUAAAUUUUUGAUGGUUACACCUAAGGGCAUGACACUAAUUUUUAAUGUCAUUUUACAAUUCGCACACAUCUAUUUUUAGUCACAAAUGCGAGUGAAACGGUCACACUGUCACGCCCUGCGCCUGUUUAAGGCAUCAAAAACUACAAAAUAGCAAACCUAAGUCUUGUCACUGAUCGUGUAGUUCAUGUUUGAAUAUCAUAAAAAUGCAUCAAUGUAAAUUUUAGUCUGUUUGAUUGGCGUUAAAAAGUUCUUUACUAGAGCUUUAAUCUGUUUUAUAUAGAAAACAUGAACAUUGUAAAUAUACUGUAUUUUGUAUAAUGUUAAACAUAUGGUGUAAUGCAGCUUACUAUGAUGUCACAUCCUGUCCAAGUUUUUUGUGAACAUGAUGAGGUCAGGUGACCGUACCUGAGUGACAUCACAGAGCAGUGUUAAGAGUUGUCAGGGUCAAAGGUCAGAGAGUGUGAGGGAGCUUUAAUCAUCAGACGUUUGAAGGGUCUCUGCGGUGAGUUUCUUCACUUUUGACUUCAGUUCAGUUUCUUAGAAAAGUUUAAAAAUCUAAGUUUCUGUUUUAUUAUUUAAAAAAUUUAGACAUGUCAGAGAAAUGUAUUUAUAUGAAAACGGGACAAAGUGACAGGAACUUGAGUUUGUUUAGAGUUUAUCAACUCAGAGAUGAAAUUUUCAGAUUUACAGAAAAAUAACCAUCAAAUUAUUUUGUUUUUUUAAUGAAAAAAGUAAAUUACUUUUUUAGAUUUAGAUAUUUGAAACAAGCAGUUUUCUGUUUUUGUGGUUUUAACUGAUCAGUCCUCUAGUUUGUGGAAAAAAAUGUCAUUUUUGCAGAUGAAAAAAAGAAAACAGAUUUACUUUUAAAACUUUUUUUGACUGACUGAACUUUAUCCUGUUACACGGUCUGAAUACCUGGUGGAGUUAUUUUAGAUUUUAUAAUAUCUAAACAUAGAUUACAAAAAAUUCAACAUUUUUAAGGUUUGAAUACAGAUUGGUUCAUUUUAACGUUUCCUGACCACAGCGCCAGCAGCCAAUCAAAGGCUCAGACCUCUGACCUCAUCAAAAGUGUCUGUUUCAACAGAGCACUGGGAGAAUGAGUCAUGUGACCAAGACAAUGUAAUCACAUGACUCUGUGUUUUACACUUCACCUUAUUUACAGUCAAUUAAAUUAGGAUGUAAAUACAUAUGAGCUCAUUACCUCUGACCUAACUCUUUGCUCAGCUUCCUCUAAACUACAUUAUUUCAUCACACUAACCCACCUCUGACCCCUGACCUCUUGUUCUUACCCUGUCUCUCCUCUCGUUUCUCGCCCUGCUUACCUCAGCUCUUUCACAGCCACAAGGUACGACUAACCCAAAACAUCCCACCUUAAAUCCACCUUAAAUCCUCACUGCUGGGUGUUUGUUUUUCUCAUGUGGAGGGCCGGGCGGGUGGAGUUAGUCUCCAUGUGGGGGCGUGUUCUAACUCUGUCUCCUCCUCUUCCUCCCCUUGCUCCUUCCACAGAAGUAUUAUGGUCUGGACAAUAAGUGGGGACACAUUGAACAGUGGAUGGUAGGACUCGAACAGACCACAGGUCUCUCUCAGAGUCUCAACGACUGGCGUUAGGCUUUUUAGGACUUGUCGGGACUAUUUAGGACUUGUCAGGUCUGUCCAGGAUUUGUAAGGACUGUUGAGGGCUUGUUAGACCUUUUAAGGACUUGUUAGAGCUCUUUGGGACUUGCUUUGGCAGUUGCACCUGUUAGGACUUGUUAAGGCUUGAAAGAAUUGCAAAGCCUUUUCUAAAACUAUUUAAGACUUGUUAGGGGUGUUAAGGACUUGUGAAGACUUAGAAACUUGUUUGGACUCUUCAGAGCUUACUAGUAUUUUUUUGGAUUAGCCAUGCCAGUGGAGGACUUGGUGGAACUAGACUACCCCUUAGGACUUGAAAGACCUAUCUUAAACUUGUAAAAGCUUUUAAGGACUUGUAAGGCUUGCUAAGCACUUGUGGAGCUUUUCAAGACUUGUCAGGGCUCGUUUGGACUUCUCUGGGACUCGUGAGACUCUGUAUGUCACAUGAAAACCUCAUAUAAAACGUGAUUGAACAGAUUUCUUGGAUCUUGUGUGACUUUUGACCUCUGAACAAAUACUGGAUGCCAUCAGUGGGGUUUGCUGCCCAUGUUGAGUCUGGCGCCCUCCUGUGGACACACUUAAAAUGCCCCAUAGCAUUAAAGAGGAAAAUACAAACAGGUGUUUUGUUCUGCAUUGCGAAAACUUCUUUAACACCCAGAAGGUCAAAAUAUAAAUCAAACUUAAAAUAAACUUAAAAUGAUCUGUUUUGGUUUUUUAACUCAUACAGAGACCUGAAAAUAAACUCUGGAGUCUGAUAAGCAGGUAAAAACUCCUCUUAGUGCUCUAUGUAAUGUUAAUGUAUAAGAAAUAUGAACCAUAAUUAAACUACAAUAUGGAAUAUUAACAUUAACUGAAAUAAUAAAACAAAUAAUAAAAGAGAAUUAUAUUAAAUAAACAGCUUCAUAUCAUUCAUUUGUGUGUGUGUUUGCUGAUAAUCAACAACAGUGGAGGUCAAAAGUCACACAGUCAGAUCAGGUGUGAGGUUUUCAUGUGUGUGUGUUGCAUGUAAACUGGAAGUGGCUGCUGUUUGUUGUUUGUUCUGCACGCGCUCAGACAGACUCAGAUAAUCUAACAGUUUAAUCCAGAUUGGCAGAUAAUUUGACCCUCUUGUUUGUUUAUUGUUCUGGUUUAUUUUUUCAUUGUUAAAGUUAAAUUAGUUUGAUCAGCAUUUGAUUUCAAAUCAUUUUUAUUUUCAGAAUUUAUUUCAUAUUUAUUUAUUUAUAUUCCUUAUUUUUCACCUUAUUUUGGAGGGGUUCCAAUCUGUGUCACAUGACCUGCAUGUCAGAGUCUUCACUGUAUAAUGACAUGUGUGUGUGUGUGUGUGUGUGUGUGAGAAAGUGUGUGCAUGUGUGUGUCCAGAGGAAACUGCUUGCCCCACCUCCUCUUCUUCUUCUUCUUCUUCUAUGGUGUCUGCUCUGUAACUGCUCUCUUUUCUUGGUGGCGUUUCAGGAGGACAGUGAGCGGUACGCUCGCCACUCACGGAGACACGCCUCGGUCUGUACCUCUGCACCCACCUCCACCUCAUUUCCUUUGUAGUCAGACUCUUCCUGUCAUCUGUUUGUGAUCACAGCAAGGAAACGAAUAAAGUUUUAGAGUUUGAAAAAUAGAAAUAAAUCAAAAAAAGGAAACAGAGUAAAUAAAAUCAACUAACAUCAAAACUAACACUGAACAUGCUGAAAACUGACUGUGUGUGUGUCCGUUUGUGUGUUUCAGAUGUCCGACGAUGAGGAGAGGAUGUCUGUGGGGAGUCGAGGAAGCUUCCGGGUGAGUCUGGUUUAAAGAAGAGCUCUGAUUGGUCGUCUCAUGCCAAUCAGAGCCCUGAUUGAUUGUGAUGUAAUCAAACUAAACACAUUAACAGCUGUUCUUCUUUUCUAACUUUAUAACCUUUUAACCGCUAACAGCUGAUUUCUCCUCUCCUUCCUGCUUCCUUUUCUUCUCUCCUGUUUCCUCCCUCCUUUAACUGUCCCUUCAGCCUUCAGACUACAGCGGGUUUCUGGGUUCUGGCUCUCGGGCCUCUUCUAGGGCCAGCUCAGCUCGAGCCAGCCCCGUGGUGAGCUCUGCCUCCACCCUUCUAAUAAUCACUUAUUUAUAACCUAAAUGCUCUCCCUGGUGGUUGAGUCGGUCUCCUGCAGCUUCACCAUGAUGAGUUUAAGUCUGAUGAGUCCUUUCCUGUGUGUGUUUUCAGGUGGAGGAGAGACCUGACAGAGAGUUCCUGGACAAGGUGAGUCAGCUGAUCUGAUUUAUGAAUAACAGUUAGAGAUUUUACCUGCCGUUUCUCUGACAAUGCCGACAUAUUUUAAUUAAAUACAAUAAAUAAAAUAAAUAAAGAUGUUUCCUCCUCCUCAUCCGCAGGGCUCGAGGACCGCCUCCACGCUCUCCGCCGCCACUCUAGCCUCACUGGGUGGCGCUUCAUCCCGCAGAGGAAGCUGUGACACGUCGUUCUCUGUGGAGACGGAGGCAUCCAUCAGAGACCUGAAGGUAGAAAAACAUCGAAAUGUUGAGUUUGAAAGGGGCAAAAAUUAUCCAAUUUUAGCAAUUUUGAAUAUUGUUACAAUAAAGUUAGGCUCAAACAGGUUAAAAAAAAAAAAACUUUUAGUACUUUAAAUUAAGUUUAAAGUGUACAAAAACAUUUUGAUAAUCAAGUUCACUCCUGUUUUUUAUAUUUUAAGUAUAAAAAUAUUUCAAUUUUAACAAUUUUGAAAUCUUGUAACAAAAAACCUAAGCUUAACCACAUAAAAAAAACCUUUUUUAAUAAAGUUUAAAGUGUGCAAAAACAUUUUGAUGAUUGAGUUCACUCCUGUUUUAAUAUUUAAGGAAUAAUUGUGAAGUAUAAAAUAUUUUGUUAAUUUAUUUAAUAGGAUUCAAAUAUUUGAAUUAAAUACUUAAAUGUUUUAAAAAUAGUUUUAUUAAAAUAAUUUUGACCCAGCACAAAAAUAUUUUGAAAUGAUAGUUGUGACAGAAAUCAACAUUUUAAUAAUUAAGUGUAAAUAGUACCAGAGAUCAUUAAAUGUUGAAAAUUUACUUAAACAAAAAUGUUUAAAAUUAACUUAAUGCUGUUUCAUUUUUAAUUAAGUGAUUCUGAGUUUAUUUUCAAUCUUAAAUAUUGAGCGGCUUGUAUAUGUUUCAGACAGUUGACGAAUAUUCUGGGAUUGACGGCGUAUUAAGAGGAACAAAUCUGUGAUAUAGUCACUUCUUAAUUUAACAGGAGAUUUCACAACUCAUUAUAGUGACUGAUUAUGAUUAUACUAAUAUGUUAGGAGUCUCUGUGCACCAGAACUAUAAUUCUUAUAAUAACUACAAUGACGCGGUUGUGUUUAGGAGUCUCUGUCGGAUGCAGAGGAGAAGUAUCGGCGUGCGAUGGUUUCGAAUGCCCAGCUCCAUAACGAGAAGUCGGCGCUGAUGUAUCAGGUGGACACGCUAAGGGAGGAGAUCAACGACCUGGAGGAGGACCUAUGGGAGACUCGUCGCCAUAGAGACGACUUCAGAAAGGUCAGAUGAUGGUUGUUUGUACUUGUGAAAAAAAAAACAGCUUGUGUGGAACUGGUGUUUAAAUAAAGAUUGAUGCUUUUGAAUGUUUCAGGAGUUUGAGCGCGAGCGUCAGGCUCACAGCGUCCUACAGUUCAGCUACAAAGAGAUCAAAGACACCCUGACGCACACCGAGGAGCUGCUGACGGUCUGUAACACACAUCCAGACAACUACAUACAACUACACACACACCAAUCAACUGAUCCAGAUAAGCACUGGUUUAACCAGAGAGCGCGUAACGUCAGAGCACCUGACUGACCCCUCCCCUCUUUUCCAACUUUUCACUCUUUACUAAAAAGUUUACUUUCAUAACUGAACUCACAAACACCUCGGCUCUACAGAUGCUAACAUGCUAACCCUGCUGCUCCUCCUUCAGGAGGUGUCUGAGCUCCGGGUGAGGAGCAGCUCUUACUGUCAGGAGGUCUCUGACCUAAAGGAGGCGCUGCAGUGGAAGGAGAAGAAGAUGGCGGUACGACAAAAACAUGACGGACCAUAGACUGUAUAUAAAAUGGACAGCGUCUGCCUUCUUGCUGGGUGAAGCCACUCCGAGAACAGCACACCCUGGUGAUGGGCUACAGUAUAGGUCAUAAAACCUCUGUACAGCUCAGUUUUUAAAAGUUAUUAGGGGGUUCAUGUUUUCUAUGAUUGACACUUGAUACAGCCUAUGGGGGUACAAGGAUUGCGUAGCUCUCGGCAACUCUCCCGCCGAAUGUGCACAAUGUGGUGGAGUGCGUACAGAGCUACUGUGCAAUGUUGGUUUGAGGAAAUGGAGCAAAAACGCAGAAUUACCAAGAGCUUUUCAGCUUCAAAUCCAUAUACUGGCAGAAGGCGGAACCAAGUUGUCCAUGGUAUAUACAGUCUAUGUGACGGACGCUGUUUUCUGUUUGACUUCCUGUUUGUGUCUGACAUCACUCUUUGGUGUGCAUCGUUUACUCCUGUAUGGCAGUAAAGCCACACGACUCAUCAGAUUUCAGUUUCAGUUCUGAUUCUGCUCUGAUUUUCCUCCUCUCUUCUUGGUCCGCCCUCACUUGAAAAUUCAGAACUCUUAACUUUUCUGUCUCCAAACCUCAACAUUUUCCGGCAACUCGCCAACACGCACUGCAACCCAGCGUGCAUGGAGGUGCCUGUUAAUCACUGAGUGAUUUCAGACACAACCUGUCCAAGCACUGACAUUCCUAACCUGAUCUAACCUCUGCUUCUUCACCCUUGCCUCCUUCUGUCUUUUUUCUUCCUCCUCCUCUUCGUCAGGCAUUAGAGCGUCAAAUGGAAGUGUCCGACAUCGUGCGGAUCCACCGCGAUCGGCUCAGGGUUGAGGUUUUAAGACUCUCUGACUUGUUGAAGGUAUUAGAGUGCGAGCCGUGAGGUCACAUCCUGUGUGAUGUCAUUGAUCGUCAUCACCUUAACUCGACUAGAAUGUUCCAAACCCCGUCAUCGUAUUUGAGUGACUGUGUUUAAUGUCAUCAACCCAUUAGCCUUCAUUUCAUGGACUUGGACAUUUAUUGGCGGUAUUGAUCAGUCACUGUUGAUUAUUUGAUAUUGAUCAAUCACUGAUGAGUUACUGAUUAAGCAAAGAUGUGUUGCCAAUUAAUAGAUAAUUCAAUUCAUUGAAAUUUGAUUAAUUAUUUUUCAGUGUUCGGGUAACUGAUUAAGGGACUUUUGUUCCUGCUCUCUUUUACAGGAACACGGUGUUGUUGUCUCUCCUGAGCUCUCAGCCAAUGGGGAAGCAGGACUGGGUGAGGCUGAAGAUGGUGUCAGUGCAGAAUCUGCCGCCUUAUUGGCUCAGGAGGCAUCACAUGAUGGCAGAUCAAACACGCUGGGUAAGAAUAAACUCACCUGUGCACAGGUAACGAUGUUCGUUUAAAUAAUCAAAAAAAUAAAUAACAAAAUAAUUUACUUUAUAAUAAAUAAUAAUGAUUAUUCAACUAAUUGUAAUGAAAUAAUUUAUUGAAAAGAUUUAUUUAGACUCGCAUGUUUUUAACUUUGUCAAAUCCUACUAUUUAUGGAUGAUUUCAACAAUUAACAUCUUCCUUUAAUGCGCCUUUAACGCACUUUAACGCGUCACCCAUAUCCUCAUCCUCCAGACAUAAACUUUCUUCAGCUUGUCUCUGAUUGGUCCAGAAACCUUCACUGAUAAAAAAUCACUGUUAAACGUAUCUAACCCUUUAGCUUCCCGAUGUUUCAGGGAGAACCGGAGAGGAGCGUCCUGAAGACAAAGAGACAGCCACAGCUCUGUCUGUGUUACUGGAGCGUUUGGAAAGGACUCGAGCUCUUCUGAGAGAGUGCCUUCAAAAUAAAAGCCUCUCAUCCGAAAGGCUGAAAACUUGUGCAUCUAUCCAACAGUUGAUUUCAGGUUUAGAGGAGGCACCAAGAACCAUGUUUGAUCAGCGUUAUUCAGAGGAUUUAGAUUUUCACAUGACUGACUCUGGAGUCUCUGAGCUGGUUUUGCAAAACUCCCCAGAAGGAAGAGAAGACCCAGAAGACAGUAGCAAUCCAAGGCAGGGGUCUGCUGAACCACCUGGAGAAACCAGAGCAAAUUCAAGAGCUUCUGUGGAUAGUCAGGAAGAUCACGUCUCUGUGGACCAAAUGGAAGGGGGUCUUCAGGAUAUUCUUAAAAGAGGCAAGCUAGAGAGGCUCUAUGUGGACUCAAUGGUAGGGUAUGAUCAAGGUCCUUCCGCAAGAGGAGAGCUCGAUGAGAUCUCUUUGGGCUUAAAGGAGGGGCGCGUUCCAGAUGCUCUAGAAGGAGAAGUUCUUGAUGAAGUUACUCUGGACUCACAAGAAGAACCCCUUCAGAAUCUCUCAGCAAUAAUGAAGCUCAAGGAAAUCUCCGUAGACCCAAAGGAAGGACACAUCCAAAUUCAGGAACUUUCAGGAAAGGAUAUGCCAGAGAUGGUCUCUGUGUUGUCAAGGGAAGAACUUGGUCUCGGUUCCCAUGGAAAAGACAAGUUGAAGGAACUCUUUGACAAUUUCACAAAAGAACACAUUCAAGGUCCUUCAGGAAGAGACAUGCCAGAAGAGGUUCUUGAGGACUUAAAGGAAGGACCCGUUCAAGGUGUUUCAGGAAGAUACAAGCUCAAGGAAGUUUCUGGGGAUCCAAAGAAGCUUGAUGAAGUUACUCUGGCCUCACAGGAAGAACCCCUUCAGGAUCUCGCAGGAAUAAUGAAGCUCAGGGAAAUCUCCGUAGACCCAAAGGAGGGACACAUCCAAAUUCAGGGACUUUCAGGAAAGGAUGUGCCGGCGGUGGUCUCUGUGUUGCCAAGGGAAGAACUUGAUCUCGGUUCCCCUGGAAAAGACAAGUUGAAGGAACUCUCUGACAAUUUAACAGAAGAACACAUUCAAGGUCCUUUAGGAAGAGACGUGCCAGAGGAGGUUCUUGAGGACUUCAAGGAAGGACCUGUUCAAGGCGUUUCAGGAAGAGACAAGCUCAAAGAGGUUUCUACAGACUCAAAGAAAGGUCACGUUCAAGAUUCUUUAGGAAGUAAGAAGCUCAAGGAGGUCUCUGGGGAUCCAAAGAAGAGACACACUGAGGAUGCUUCAGGGGGAGACAUGUUCAGAGAGGUCACUGUGGUCCCACAGAGAGAGGAUUUUCAGGAGCCUUCAGGAAUGAGCAAGUUUGAGGACAUUUCUUGUGACUUAAAGGAAAGCCAUACUCAGGGUCCUCCAGGAAGAGACAAUCCUAAGGGAGAAGAAGUCCUAGAAGAAGGACACUUUCAGGAUCUUUCAAGAAAAAACAUGCUCUUGGCAGUCUCUGUGGACUCAAGAGAAUGUCUUGUCCAGGAUCCCUCAAGAAGAGCAGUGUUAUGGGACGUCCCUGGAAAAUUCAAGGAAGGACACAUUCAGAAUUCUUCAGGGGAUCCAGGCCCACACAAACUUGAACCGCCACCCUCAGAUGAACAGACGGAGGAGGGUUUUGUUCUUAUCCAGCACAGCGAUAUGCAGGGCAACCCAGAGGAGACUAGUAACCCCAACACAUCGAUGGCCCAGGGAGAAGUCCUCCAUCACACACAUCAACUGGAAACUCGUGUCAACCUUCAUGCUCCCAUAAAAGAAACCCAACUUAAAGGUUGCCAGACUUUUCCUGCAGCAUUUAAAAGGUCAAAGAUCAGCUGGUUCUUGGGACAAACAGCAGAGGAGAUAAAGGUCAUGGCUCUUCCUGAGCUGCUAUCAAAACCACAAGAAGGUAAAACUAUCGCAGAUCAACAGGACAGGUUAACAGGUUUGAAUACUGUUGGUCUGUCAGCUGGAAUCAUGGACAGCUGUGAGGAGGCAAUGCAGCAACCAGAAGACAUAGACGUUGUUGAGGAUGCAGACGUGGGGCAAAUGGGGAGCAGAGGACGAGGAGAACUCAGUUUGGAGCGGCAACACAAACCAGACUGUCAGAUUUCAUAAGAAAAGACCAGAAGCCUGGAGAUCUUCAGUCAAUUACACUAAAGAGAUUACUUAAGGAUAUUAAUAAAAAACAAAAAAAGCUGUUUGAAAUUUGAUUUUUGUGUCUGAUUUAAACAUGUCUGUAAUUAAAAGUUUACUAAAAGUAUUAUUAAAGUCAUUGUUUAAUAUCACUGAUUGAUUAAUUUAAAUAAUUGAUUCACUCAUCACAUUACAAUAUUUAUUUAAAUUAUUCACAACAUGUUUUCUGAUUUAAGUAUGAUUUAGUAAAGUAUGCUGUUUUUAAACACUGUCUCAUCUGACUUCACUGAUAAAGUCCUAAAUUAUUAAUUCAAAUUGAUUGGUGGUGUCUUUUAUUUGUUUAAUUCAAGGAAUUUUACUUUGAAAUUAGAAAAUCAUUCUCACUUAUCUUCUACAUAUUUUUGUUAUUUUUGUUUCAAAAAAUCAUUUGUCUCAAUAAAUCAUUUCAUUGAGGAAAAUUAUGAAAAUCUACCUUUCAAACAACAAUGCAAAUGUUUUGGACACUCACUGAUAGCUCCGUAAUUUCAAAAUAGACUUAUUAUUGUCAGGUGUGUCUAAAGCAAAUGAUUAAAAUGAUAAAAUCACAAGGGGCGACAAACAUCCCAGGCAGGAUGAUUUUCAGAGUGAAUAAGUUUGUCAAAGAGACAGACAUAAACAUUUGAUCUUGAUAUAAUUGUCGUGGGACUGGUUAUUGUUAACUGUUCAUUGUUUGUUGAUUGAUGUUUAUUUGUUGUUGCAGAGCUGCGGUUAAAGAAGCUGUUUGAAGAGAGAGAGAGUUUACAGGAUCAGGUGACGUUUGUUAUUAUUUAUGUUUCAGUGUUUUCUCACUUUAUGAAUGAAUGUGAAUAAAUAAAGACUGAUGGCGCGUUAUGCGUGUUAUCUCCAGGUGAGGUUGUUACAGUCUCAGCUGGAUAAGAAGAACGGGAUGGAACGAGACCAGAACCCAGAGGUCGACGGUCUGCAAAAUGGAGUGGACUCUUUGCUGGACAUGCAGAGUACGACAUCCGUUUGAUUCAACGUCUUUGUUCUCUUCUUCUUCUUCUCUUUUGUCUUAUUUUUUCCUUUGCUUUCUUCAUCCUUUGUCAUCUUCAUCUUCAUCUUCCUCAUCUUCAUUAUAUAUUUAUUUAAACUUUAUCUGUGUAAUCUUUUAUUUCUCAACAUUUUCCUUUCUGUCUGUAGGAGAAGCAAACAGACAGAUCAGUGACCUGAAGUUCAAACUUGUCAAAUCUGAACAGGAAGUGACCACGCUCGAGCAGAACGUGAGCAUCCUCUGAUUGUAAUACCGAGCUGAAUAUUGAAGACAGAGGUCACAAAGUCCACAUAGUAGAAAUUAAAAGUUUGUGUUUAACCUCAGGUGAUCAGACUGGAGGGUCAGGUGACUCGAUACAAGACGGCGUCAGAAAACGCAGAAAAGACAGAAGACGAGCUGAAGGUGGAGAAAAGGAAACUGCAGAGAGAGGUGACGCAUCUUUUUAUCACCUGAUUGGAUGUUUACAGCGUUCAGCAGUCAUGUGACAGGAUGUUAACGUUGGUUUGUUUCUGCUGUAGCUGCGUGCGGCUUUGGAUCGGGUGGAUGAGUUGGAGCUCAGUAACCUCCACCUCAACAAACGACUCGACAAGAUGAAGGCCAACAGGAGCGCCCUGCUCGCCCAGCAGUGA